CAGAAAAAUGGCAAACCGUCAUUGUUCGUUGCGUUGAAGAUGUGAAAUUGCUAUAGCUAGACUGUCGAGUAGAGUUGUGUUCGGUUUUGUUAAAUUGCUCAAUUAGUUGUCUCAUAAGAACUGUGUACAUUAUUGAAGAAUCUUUUUGAUUCAAGCGACUACCGACUAACGAAAGUGAAGCAAACUCUGAAAGAUAAGCAUCCAUCAAUUGCACAACGUAUUUUGAGACCAUGAAUCACAACAACAGUAGCAGAUUUAACUCGUUCGCGUUUGCUAGCGGCGGAAUUGCUGGCAGUGGCGGAGCUCGAGGAGAAUUGAGUAGUGGAAACUUAAGCCGUACGCUCAGUAGUCCUAUGGCAGAAUCCACACAACUGGACAGCAGUGGUAUCCGAGGGAAUCUAUACGGCAGCCCGGUGCGGCAGGUGGGCGUCGUGAAACGGAAGCCUACCUCUCCGUUGCAGAACAGUAGGACCAAUUUCCGAAGCAGUGGGAAUUUGACGACUUCCGGUUUCGGGGUGGGUCGGUUGAUUGAUUCGCAGACUUACACGGAUGCUCAAAGUCGCGGUUUGGUUAAUCGAUUAGUGAAGUAUCACGACAAAGUGCAGUCACCGUUGAACAGAAGUCAGUCGAUGACCAAUCUGUACUCGAAACCGGGUCAGUUUCCGGUAGUUCAUCUUAAGAAAACGGAAAUUAAGUAUUCACCACGUAGGAAUAAUACGUCGAUAACGUCAGUUCGGAUCGCUCCGCCGGAAAAGUCGGUGUUUCAGGCCAACACAAGAUCGAACAUUUUACGAGCAGGUUCGUUGCUGAUUCCAGCCGAACCUCAUCUGAAGAUGGCUCGGACUCAGCAGCACGGGAAUGAAAUUGAUGCCGAAAAUCGGGUGAUUGCACCGACGGCAGAACUGGAACCAGCUCCAACGCGAAGUGUUCUCGAUGCUUUGAAGGAAAUCUCUCGCAAGCGGAUAAACAAUGAAGAACUGGAUGCUGAUAGAAUUAAGAAACAGUGCAAAGAACUGUCGGAAGUUGAUUCCGGUGGUGCGGGGACAAAACGAACCCGUGAAAUGACUUCAUCUACAUCACCUCCGUCCCGGGGUACGACGGAUCAGCAGCUACAGAAGAAACGAUUGUGUAGUAAGAAUAACGAUAUAUCGAGUUCGCUGAGCUCUAGCUUGGUGAUGAAUACACCGAAGCGAAUGGAACCCGUGAUGCCUCGACCGGGUAGGUUAAAUGUAGAUCAGUCAUUUUCGACGCCAGCCGCUUUUAAUGCGACUGCACCAGUUAAUAUUGUAGAAAGUCUGGAGCCGGUAAAAUUGAACAGAAUUGAUUCGGCUCCGUUACCACAAAUAGCAAGAAUCGUUCCCGAAAUUCAGACGCCUGUGCCCGUUCGUCCUCAACCGAAGCAACCGAAACUAACGCUGUUUAACAAAAAGUACGACGAAACGAUAGUCCGACCUGCGUCCACUGACAGCGAAGAUCAAGACGACGACGAUGAACUGGGAGGGCGGAUUAGUUUUAUCAAACCGAAAGAUAAAUCGCCCAUCUUGAGCAGUGACAGAAUUGCACUGAAACAAGUCGAACGUUCGAAGCUGUCCAUGAUACUGAGCUGUUUGAGUGAUGAUUACGACAAGGACGGCGAACCACCGAAGAGCGUGGCACUGCAGACUUCAUUUUUCGCGAAAGAUGCCGUGGAUGCACCGGCGCCAAAGGCUCAGGAGAAAACAAAUGAAAGUAUUUCCGUUCCAAAGUUGAGCGGUAUCUCAGCUUUGAUGAAUAGUCCGAUAAAAGAUCCGGGUCUGGGGAAGAUUGAUCCAUCGAAACCGGUGGAAAAAGCUAGUUUAAUAGAGAAACCUAAGUCCAGUAUCGGAUUCGCUUUUGGAGCAACGACUGCUGCUACCAAUCUGGCACCGAAUGCCGCAAAACAAUCGGAUACAUCAUUUGCAUUUGGGACGCCCACCAAGCCGAUUGCUACAGAGGAAAAGUUAUCGGGAAAUGCUGCCGGUGGAUUUACGUUCGGUACGUCAGCAGCGCCCGUUGCCAAGACGGAUCCACCUCCGGCAUACAGUUUUCCUACUGCGAUAACAACUUCGUCGUCAGCUCCGAUUAAACCUAACUCUAUGGUGACGAUUUCAACAUCCUCGCAAGCUGCUACACCUGCUCCGGCUACGACCAACGACCUUAUAAGCUUUUCUCCAGCUCCUUUGGCGAAGUCGCAGAAUGAAAGUUCCGGAUUUUCAACUCCAGCAGCGCUUUCCACAUCCACAUCGGCUACCACCCAACCAACAACUACUUUUGGAAGUGGAUUCAGCGCCUUCAAACCUGCAGCUACCGCCGCUCAGUCUACUACAGUAACGGUGACCACAAGUGUCACAUCGUUACCGACUUUCGGUAAUCCGACUCCUGCAACGUCGGCCACGAAUAACGUAGGAUUUUCCUUUGGAACAUCCGCUCCCAAGCCGGCAACCCCGCCAGCAGUUGGCUUCAAUGUUGCAACAAGCAAGCCUCCAACAGCGGCUGUAGCCCCAACAACAGCAGUCCCGUCAUCAACGGCCACCAACGAAACUCCAUCGUUCGGAGCUUUCGCCGCGAAACCCGCAACAACAACCGUGGCAUCUUUCGGCACUCCGACAACCGCAACGCCAGCCUUCGGUUUCUCAGCAACGGCCUCAUCUGCUUCCUCUGGAUCCAUCAACGCUUUAGGAGGUUUCGGCACCAACAGCUCGGCGGCAACGACCACCGCAACAAACUUUGGAACUACCGUCACCCCGUCAAACGCUAGCAGCAAUAUCUUCGGUUCAUCAGCUGCAACGGCUCCCGCUAAAACCGAAGCGCCCAGUUUUGGUCAAUCAAAUCUGAACUCAACUUUUUCUUUCUCGGCAACGUCUGCCACGGCGACGGCAGCCGCACCCAAUCCCAGUAUUUUCUCCUUCGGUGUUGCUCCGUCGAAUGCCGUCACUUCGGCACCGUCAAACAUGUUUGGAAAUAGUAACAACAACUCAAAUAGUAACAAUAAUAAUAACAACAACAGCGCCCCAACAUUCGGCGGAAUCAAAUCCAAUGCAGUACCAUCGUUCGGUUCCUCGCCGGCCUCCAGUGGUCAAAAUGUUCAACCAUCGCCAUUCGGAACAGCCUCGACAACCAUCAACAGUGCUGCUCCCGCUUUCGGAACGUCCAGCAGUGGAUUUGGUGCUGCACCAACUUUCGGUGCUAAUUCCACACCCAACUCAAGUUCUGUUUUUGGAAACGUCUCCAACGUUGCCCCGAAUGCAUCUCCAUUCGGCUCGACCGGAGCAUCAUCCAACUCUGCCGGAGGUGGUAUUUUCGGUUCUGCAAUAGCUUCUAACAACAACAGCAACAAUACUAACAACAACCAAUCAACAUCAACCGGUGGACCAUUCACAUUUGGAGGUUCUUCGGUUGCUGCUUCUGCUACCACUUCCUCCACCAACAAACCGUUCUCGUUUGGUGGUGCCAACAAUGCCAUCGGUAAUUCUUCCGUACCAACCGCCAAUCCUAUCAAAUCGAACAGCUUCUCGUUUGCGGCUGGUUCGAAUGCCAAUGCACAUCAGUCGACUGCUCCGACAGGAGCAGUACCGAAUGCAUCGUUCAGUUUUGCUGGUGCCUCAAACAUGAACAACAAUGCGGCCCCCUCUCAACCAACCUUCGGAGGUACCAACAGUGCGUUCUCUUUCGCCUCCAACACCAUUAGCAACAACAAUGUCAAUAGCAACAAUAACAACAACAACAACAGUAACACCAAUCAAGCAACGGUGAAACCAUUUUCCUUCGGAGGUGCCACCAACAAUCCACAGCCGACACCGGUUGCUCCAGCGGUUGGUGGUGGUAUCUUUGGUGGCGUAGCAUCCAUUCCUACGGCGACAUCUCCUCCGGCUUUUAACUUUUCUGCCGGUUCGAAUCCUCCUUCGUCGGGUGGUGCAUUCUCAUUCAAUAGCCCAAACAGCGUCCCGGUGGCUGCCGCCGGAGGUCCCUUCUCGAUGUCCAACGGUGCCGGGGUGAUGGGACCGGCUGCCGGGGCCCCGAUGUUCAGUAUAGGCACCGGUGGAGGAACCCAACCACGGAGAACUAUCAAAUUGGCGACCAGGCGACACAAGUGAGGGACAGCCUCAUGCAGCGGGAAAAUUUAGCGAUAAAAUAGAUGUUAUGUAUAUUAGUUUUGUUCUUGAUUAUUUUUUUUUUUGUAUCAAUGUAUAGUUUUUCCUUACCUUUUUUUUUUGGCGCAUGAUUUUUAUGUAGAAUUAUUUUUCUAACGUAAAAAAAUCUAGCUUGUACAG